AUGCGGAUCUCAUACAUCGAUUCUGGUGCUUUUCCAAGUCAACAGUGCCGAUUUAAAGAUAUAGCUGCCCCUUCCAAUGUUUUUCCACCUCCGGUCCAUGCUACACUGUCAACGAGAUCGCGAUGUGUCUUCACCGCAAAUCCUCUCACUGUACAUUCUUUACAUAACAUUGACGUUGAGGCCCCUACCCUACCAUUCAACGGUCACGUAGACUGCUUGCGCUUGAGCGUGGACGAAAGGAAUUUGGCUGUUGCCUCAAAUGACCUCAUAAAACUAAUUGAUCUUACUAGAGGACGUGGAAUCCGUAACUUAUCCGGUCACUCAUCAACUGUAAAAGCUAUCACACCACGUCGCAGCACUGUGUACUCAUGGGUGUCCGGAUCGUUAGAUUCCUCAUGGAUUGUGUGGGAUAGUCGAUCACAUCCUGCAAACGUUCUGCAAGUAAGAACGACGGGUCCAGUGCGUUGUGUAGAAUUGAGCCCUGAUGAUAUCAUUCUCACAGUUGGAACGGAUUCUACGCUCCAGCUCUAUGACAUCAGGAAGCGAGAAUAUCUCAAACAGUUCCCGUCACCUACUCAUGGUGCGACGUUUCAUCCUUCACAACGCAUGGUGGCCACCUUCGGAGCAGAGCGAGUUGUAAGGUUCUGGUGUCUGGACGAACUCGUACAAAUCGCCAUGUCGGAUGCAUUCUCUUUGGGAAUUCGCUGCGCCCAAUUUGCUUCUCCUUCAUCUCCCAAAGGAGACCAAAUGAAGAUUGAGGAACUGGCUAGAGGAAGUAUUGAUGGGUAUACUUGUCCAAUACAUAUGGAUAUCGCCACAAUGUUCACAGGCUCUUCAAAUUUUUCCAAUGAUUCCUUUGCCAGGAUAGAUCCGGUUCUAUGUGCAUGUACCGAUCACUAUGUGAAAACUUUGACUUAUGAACCAUGCGAAUCGCUCGCCGUCAAUCAUCUGGGAGAUUUACGCAAGGUAUUAAACAUGAAUGUUUCCGCCGACGGUGUGGGCGUUAUUUGCACUGAUUCCGUUGGAGCCGUGUCCUAUUCUGUGAUACCCAUGGAAGAUCUUGUUCAAGGACCAAGGGAAUCUGUGGAUUUUUCCGAUUAUGGCGAGGAUGAUGAUGUUUCGUUGUCAGAUGAAGUAGCUAUUCUAACAUUACGUGGCGAAUCGCCGUCUAUCCCCUUGCCGCGAGAAACUAUUUCUGUGCCUUCAGCAAUUCACUUGUCGUCCUCAGACUGUGGAAUAGACAACUCCCUGAGCAGUGGAAGCAAUCGAGUCAGUCUCCCAGUCCGUUCAUCCUCAUCCGAUAGAGGCACAAGUCACAGAACGCCGUCGCGGAACCCUCUUAAAAGGCUGAGAGAUGGGUCUCGACUGAUUUGUCGUAGUGUUUCACCGUUGAAUGGCGCCUCAACAAGAGAAACUACGUUCGUGGUGGCUCCACGUUCCGUAGAGAAGAUGAUGCGUCCAUUGGCACCGACAACGUCCACGAAACCUCCCCGAGAGCCCAAUCGGUCGCUUCAGCGGGAUGGACGUGUCAAUGCUUAUGCAAGCACUGAUGAUACCAAUCCACAAUCGCGAAAAAACUCGACUCAAGGGUUUUCCCUGGACGAUUUUGCCGCCAAAGUGGAGAAAGGGCAUUAUAUGGCAAUCAUGCAAGCAGAAAAAACGUCUAUUGGAGUGCAUCAAUUGACGGCGGCUCUAAAGCAUGGAGGUCUAUGUGCUAUGCUCAAGGAUGGCCUAUUCGCUGAUGAAUCAGCUGUAACUGUAAUGCUGAGAAUGUUCAACGAAACGAAACGUUGGGAUAUCAACAUCUGCAGCAUGUACCUAUCCAGGAUUAAAGGUGUGUGA